AUGGUGAAACAAGAGGUGAAGGCAUUAUCUGGGAAAGCUGCUAUUGGUGGCCCUUGGUCUCUAGUUGAUUUUAAUGGAGAAUUAAAAACCAGUAAAGACUUCCAUGGCAAAUGGAUAUUAGUUUAUUUUGGUUUCACCCACUGUCCAGAUAUUUGUCCAGAAGAAUUAGAAAAAAUAGCAGAAGUAGUAGAUGAAAUAGAUGAUAAUCCUAAUGUACCGAAUCUAACACCAUUAUUUAUAACAGUAGACCCUGAUAGAGAUACUAUAGGAGCUAUGAAGGAAUAUUUAAAAGAAUUUUCACAGAAGGUGAUUGGUUUCACUGGUACAUCAGAUCAAAUAGAUAACGUCUGUAAAGCAUUCAGAGUAUAUUAUAGUAAAGGACCAUUAGAUGAAGAUGGUGACUAUAUCGUUGACCACACUAUUAUCACCUAUUUAGUGGGACCAGACGGUAAUUUUGUACAAUAUUACGGACAGAAUGUAGAGGCGCCUGAAUUCACCAAAAGUGUCAUUGAAAAAAUGAAGACUUAUAAACCACAUUAUGACAAAUAA